AUGUCCGACGGCAUGAUGCGGCAUCCCGCGUGCGUCGGGCUGUCGGCAGGACUGCUACUGAACACGGGAGCUGCCGCGGCCGAGCCGCUCGCUGUGGCGCGACUCCCCCCGUACCGUACAGUACACUCGUUACUCGUCAUGGGCGAGGUCGUCGCGGUCAUGGCGGUUUUGCCAAAUCGCUGGCUCGUGUUCGACGUCGGACUCGUGCUCCUCAUCAUCUACUACGCCUUUCCGGCCUCGGCAACAUCCGGCACCGCAGCUGUCGAGCGCCGCUCUACUGGUCUCGUGACAGACGCAGCGCCGGUCAGUGCACCCGCCUGGUCGCUCCAGGACCCCAGGAAAGGUGACGAGGCUGGAGGCCAAGGCGUCAGCGACGACGACAGCCAACCACAGGUCCAAAAAGAGGGCAAGGGAGGCGCCGACUUCCACGUGGUCGACUCGCCGCAGCACCCUGCGCUGGCGGCGUACAACGCGUCGGCGCAGGCGGGCGGCUCGUCGCACUUCGUCAAGCUGCCGAUGCUGCGCCACUUCCUCGCCGUGUACGACCAGGUCCUCUUCAUCGACGACGACGUCCUGCUGUCGCCCUUCGCGCCAGACUUGUUCGCCCAGGUGGACUGCCGCUCGCUCGGCGCGGUGGUGGAGGCGUACCACGUGCAGGGCUGGCACACGAUGCACGCAAAGUCGCUCUGCCAGAUCUACGGCCUCUCGCGUGACAGCUGCUCCAACGUCGCGCUCAAGCGGCAGCGCAUCUUCAACUCGGGCAACACGGCUCCCUCCCCGCCGCAUCGCCGCGGCCACAGCUGGGACAAGGAGCCGCUGCGGUGCAAGAUCCUCUGCGACCAGCUCUUCAUGAACGCGAUGCUGCGCAAGCGCGGCGGCUCCGACGCGUGCGUCGCCCACUUGACCAUCCUACCGAGCAAGAGUGUCUCCGCCGCCUACCUGCUGCGGCGCUCCCUCCUCUCCCGCGACAUCCUGCAGUGCGCGGGCAAGGGCGGGCCGGUCGACGCGGCGGCGAUGCUCGCGCAGCUGCCGCCAAAGGAGGCGGCAGCCUCGGACGCAGACGUGCAGAAGCUCUGGUGUAAGGGCCAGUCCGUCGGGUGCGCCAUCGUGCCAGCCCCGACCUCGGGCGAGGCCGCGCUGCCCUCGCCAGGGCUGCAGGCAGCCGCCGGGCCAGCUGGUGGAGCUGGCUCCAGUGGCGGCGGCACCUCUCCUCUGGCCGCGCUCGUGCCGUCCGGCCCGACCGACGAGCUGCCGGAGGCGGCGCUCGCGGUGAUGCGGCGCGCGGCUGCGGCGGCGUGGGACGGCAAGACGGUGACGCUGCUUUUCGCGACGAGCAGUUUCCUCGACCUCGCCCUCAACUGGUGCCAGGCCACGCGCGCGCUCGGGCUGCGCAACUUUGUGCUUGUCGCGAUGGACAAGGCGCUCGGCGCGACGCUCGGCCGCUUCGACGCCCCGCCCGGCCUGCUGCUGCCGCGCGUGGCGAGCGGGAGCGUGAGCAUCACCAAGCUCAACGUGAUCGGGGAGCGGCAGCGAUUCGGGCUCCGCGUGCUCGAGGCGGGCUUCAACGUCCUCUUUGCCGACCUGGACGCGGUCUUUCUGCGCUCACCCGAGCCUUUGCUUCGCGACGGUGACAUCAUCGGCGAGCGCAUCUGGGGCCGGCCGCGCAACGUCGUCAAGAAGUGGGGCGCCGCCAUCUGCACCGGCUUCUACUUUCUACGUGCGACUGCGGCCAACGUGGCCAUCUUCCGCAAGACGCAGUUCCUCAUCGCCGAGAAGCGGCAGAAGCAGCCACGCUGGCAGGCGUCCGACCAGUGGGCCAUCAACAACGCGCUCGACCAGCAGGUCGUCGACUGGAGCGGCGGCAGCCGCAUGAAGUCGAACGCCGACUUCCAGGCAAAGUACUACGACAACACGUCGCACGUCGGCUACACGCGGCUCGUCCGCUCCAAGUUUGUGGUGCUGCCGCACGUGGCAGUGGCGCGCUCGUGCCCGGUGCUCAAGUACAACACGACCCGCCCGCCGGCGAGCGACAAGGCGGAGCUGCGGAAGUGGCGGCUGUGGCAACACCUGCUCAAGCACUCGUUCGUGUUGCACUGCUUCCCGCCAGACUCGAUGCCAUGCGGCAUGUCGGUCAAGCACGGCGAGAAGGGGUGCGACAAGUCUGUGGUGAUGGGCCACCCCACCCACAUCCACGGCGAAGUGGUCUUCGACCAGCGGCAGGGACUAUGGUUUAUGAAGGAGGGGUGGGAGGAGGCGAUCGCCACGCCGGCGAUCAAGGAUUUUUGGGCGUGGCUCGAGUCGCAGUACAAUGGGCUCGUGCCGGGCCGCACGUCGUCAGCGUGA